AUGAGAAGUAGUUUAUUAAGAUGCUAUUUGAGUGGAUCUGAAUUAUAUUAGUGGAAUGAAUUUAAAUGUGAUUUAAUUAUUUAGAUGCAAAUGGAUAAACUUAAAAUGCAUGAAUUGAAUUAUUGGAAGGUAACACUGAUACAGUUAGGUCGGUCUGUGUUUCUACUAAUGGUAUUACGCUAGUAUUUGAUAGUUCAGAUAAAGAGAUUUUUAUGGGCUUAAAAGAUGUGUGAUGACUAUAUUUUUAAAAAUAUUAUAUGUGCUUUAGUGUAAAAGAAUAGUUAACUGUAAAGAUCUUAAAAUAUGAAUUGA